CUUCAAGUACCAGAGGAUUACCUUGGUUACAGAUGGGGAUAUCGAGCUCGCGGCGAGACGGGUCGUCGGUCGCGCCCAUCUCUUGCCUGCCGCCGUCGGCCAUGGACGUGUACAUUGACGAUAUGGCAGGAUUCCCGUACGGCGUGGCCGGCCAAGAUCAAGUCGAACAUUACAUGCCACCGCAGUUUCCUCUCGUGCCCUACCUGACGUCGUCAAGGAUAGCUCUGUGCCGGCAGUCGUGGGCCGUUCUUCACGCGGCAUCGACGCCCACCAUGAAAAAGCACGGCCGUCCUGGCAUCGUGCUAGUGUACGAGGAGUUUUUUUACCGGCUGAUCGAGCGGGACAUGACCAUGACCCGAGUGUUCCCCACCGCCAAGAAACGGGGCGAAGUCUUAAUCCGUGCGAUUCAAUUCAUCCUGUCGUCCAACGCAGAUACACCGCAAGACAUUGCGAACGUCGCGACGCGCUGCCGCUACCUCGGCCACCGCCAUCGGUCGUUUCCAAACAUUCGCCCCCACCACUUUGCCACGUACACGUUGACAUGUGUGGAAGUGAUCAUGUUUUGGCUGGGGGACCUGGCAACGCCAGAGGUCGGCGCAGCUUGGUCGAAUACCGUCGGGUUCAUCUUGAAGCACUUGCUCGAGCCGUACCUGCAUGAUGCCACCGAUCCCUACGAAUGCCACCAAAACACAAGCAUCCCAGCCGUCCGGGAGGUCAUUGAAGCUCGGUUGGAAGCUGAUUGUGAAACCACGUCCGCGUCGACGCACACAAAAUCCACCCCCGACGUGAGAAAAACGUCGGCGUGGGGCGCCGUUCGCUCGUCCGCCGUCGCGAAACCAGCACCCAAGAUCACAGGGAUCGCCGUCACAUCUUUGAUCUUGAACGAAGCGCGCAAGGCGCGAGAAAGGUCCUGCAGCCCACUAAACAUACCCUAGUGGCU